AUAAGCUUGCCUUAGCGUACUCCCUCACACAGACCACGUCUGUGCGCUGCUUCACUGGGAUCACGCUUGAUGGUGACCGAACUCUGACAGACAUCACUGGUUGGAUCCAGUCAGCCGUUGGCAUGGGCUCCAUGGAGGAGGAGCUCACCUGCCCCAUGUGCCGCGAUCUCUUCAACAAGGCCCACUUGCUGCCCUGCGGCCACAGCUUCUGCCCUGCCUGCGUGCGGGAGGCCUGGGCCCCCAGAGGCACGGGGCAGGAGGGCAGGAAGGGCCGCUUCACCUGCCUGCAGUGCCAGGAGGAGCUGCGCGUGGUCCUGUGCGACAGCUGCCCACCCGGGUGCGAGAAGGAGCGGGCCGCUGCGGUCAAGACCUGCCUGCGCUGCGAGGUCUCCCUGUGUGCCCAGCACCUGCAGCCACACCUGGACUGCCCCGCCUUCAGCUCACACCUGCUGGUGGAGCCGCUGGGAGACCUGUCCCGCCGGAGGUGUCCUCAGCAUAAGGAACUGUUCCGCUACUUCUGCAGUGACGACAGCCUGUACCUGUGUGCUGACUGUAUCCUGGACGGGGCUCAUCGACAGCAUCGUGUCAGGGCCCUAAAAAAGGUGGAGGAUGAAUUUAAGUGUACAUUAAGAGGCCUUCUUCAGAAAGCACAAGAUAAAAUGAAAGAGGGGGAGAAGAUUCUCAAGGACCAUGAAAAAACAUUACGUACACUGAAUGAGUCUGUGAAGACGGAUCAGGCCCAGGCGGAGAGGCUGAGCUCCGGGCUCCAGCUGCACGUGGAGCGGCUGGUGUUGGCUCUCAGAGAGAGCACCCAGCACGAGAGGCAGGACGCCCUGCAGAUCCUGCAGGAGGACGGUGGCCGCCUCAGGGCUGACCUCACCCAAACCCAGGCCAUCUACCACUACGUGACCGCGCUCCUGGACGAGAGAGACCCCUUCCUGCUCAUCUGGGCAUUACAGUGCGAUGACUCAAAACUGAUGAAUGAUCUGAAUUUGGCAAUGUUCAGCCCGAGACCAGCGAACAUAGACCGCAAGCGCAUUCUCGAGUACUUGGAGCACAAGUACCGCGAGUUCAUCACAGCCACCCUGCGCUGCCUGAGCGACCUCAAGAGAGAGCUGUGUAGGUGCUUCAACAGUUACAGAAGAGAGAGAGAGAACUCAGGCCUCACAUGGUUCUGCUCAUAGUUUCUAUCUGAGGGUGUCUCAAUUCUGCUCAUCAGCCUCUACCCUCCCAUCAGUGGCUGAACACAGAUAUUUGUGGCCACUGU